AUUGAUUCAAGUGUCAUUCUAAACUAGCUAUAGAGUUUCCUUGGUGUUAUAUUAGGCAACAACCGGCUGUGAGAUUUAAUAUUACGGACAAAAAUGAACCCAUAUACACAUCGUGGAAUAUUGUUCUUUCUUCCUCAAGGAAAUUAAUGUCGUUGAUUAAUAUUUACUUGUAAAUCACUAAAGAUGAAAGGAGAAUCUAGCAGCGAUCAGGAUGAAACCCAAGGAUACAAACGCUCGACGGGAGUCUUUUUACAGGAUUCUGAUGUAAAACUCCGCAGAAAGGAACGAGUCCCAAAAUGCUGUGUGGUGGGGGAUGGGGGCACGGGGAAGACGAGUAUGAUGAUGCGCUACACCCUCGGGAAAAUUCUCUCAGACUACCAACCCACCUGCUUCGAAAACUAUACAAUUGAUAUUAAGGAAGGAGAGAACACGCAUCAGCUGAGUGUGCUGGACACAGCUGGACAGGAAACGUACGAUCGUCUGCGUACGCUUGCGUACUCCGACACCGACGUAUUUGUCGUCUGCUUCUCCGUGUACGACAGCGACUCGUUCGAAAACGUGAAAUUAAAAUGGAUUCCAGAAAUCAGACAGUUCAAACCCGACACACCCUUUUUCAUUGUGGGCACACACACAGACUUGCGUCAUUCUGUGGUGGACAUUACAAACGAUUGUGUGAGCACGGCUAGAGGCAAGAAGUGCGCCAAGAAGUGGGGAGCCGUUAAGUACCUCGAGUGUAGCUCCAUUGACGGAACCGGUUUGGAUGAGGUCUUCCGGUUAGCUUACAAAACCGCGGUGUCCCCCAAAAAGAAACGACAAACAUGGAAAAGCUUCAAGGACGCCGUGAAAAGGCGUACUAUGAUUUUCUAAAUUCAUUUAUUGUUGAAAUUUUAAAUUAUGUUAUUGUUUGUUAUUGAUUUGUCUGUAACAAUUAUAUGAUGCGAUUUACAUACAGGAAAGACCCAUUCUGCAUGCUUAGUUUUGCAUGCUUUCAUGCAUACAUUCGUAUAUAUGUAUUUAAAACAAGUAUGUUUAUAGUUGUAUUUUAAAUCUAUUCAGGCAUAAGUUUCAGAGAAUGUGGAUUCAUUCAUGUAUAUUUAACCUCUGCUUGUCUGUAUGUUCACGUGCUUUCCGAUGAAAUCCAAUUUAAUUUGUUGAAGUUUUACAAAAAUUAUUUUUGUCACGAAAUUUAUUGCUAUACACAACAAUAAAUUAUCUCUGAACAAUCAAAAA